GUUUGUCAUGCAGAUCCAAAUAAAUUUCACGAGUUCAAAUGUAUGUCAACAAUCGUUGAGCGAUUCGCAAUUUUUCCGGAAGGAUUUCAUUCAGUAGGCCAAACCGUACGAACGGAUGCCGUUCAUAUAUAUCAUGUGCCUGACAAUUGUUGUCGUGUGUCGUAUCUCGAUCUGAUCGGGAAUUGUUUAAUUUCACAGUCGGUUGGGUGAAAUUAUUGCGCGUCAUGAAACGAAAUCAACAAUAAACGACAGGAGAUCUCUAAUUAUUGCUGGCAAGUAAUCGUGUUAAAUAAAUUCAGUAUAUCAUAAUGGAACUACCGAAAGAUACCAGUGACGGUCUAAGCGAUAUUUUGAACAAAAGCAUUUUCAACGAUGAUCAUUUUCAACAAAUUUUAGAAUCGGUCGUAUCUUAUGUAUGCGAAAACCCCGUAGAGAAGUUUGUAGGCAGCAGCAAAAUAUCUGAUGCGAAACCGAUUUUAACGAAAAAGGUGUUCACCGAUGUGGCGUGCUUACUCAUAGAAGCUGCCAGACACAAUUUAGACGAGGAGAGCUUAAACAACGUUUUAAAUUCUAUACACACUGACGAGAAACGGAUAAAGAAGCUGUGCGAAAUAUAUGUGCAGAACAAGACAGCAAUACAAUCUCAGCUGGAAUUGAUAGGCAAUAAUCCGCCUCAUAUCAUCGACGUUGAUUGGCAUUUAGAUCAUUGCGUCAAGUUGAACACGUGCAAUUCGUUGGGUGUACCUCUUUAUCACGUGAGAUUUACUACGAAGAAACACGAAACGAUAGAUGAUGUAACGUUCUCGUGUACGAUACAACAGUUGCAGGAACUCGUGUUCAAGCUUAAAGAUGCAGUCAGAUACUCGGAGAGGCUCGCUAACGUCUAGCGUGGUUCGAUUGUUCGAUUUGUAUUCAAUUGUUAAUGACGUUUCUGCACGGCAACAUUUACACAUUGACAAUUCUUAUAGUAAUCGUUUAAUGAUAAACCAAAUUUGUACGUAUAAGUGUAACGGUAAAAUCUGAUACAAACGACAAAGAUCGUGUAAAGUAUAUAAUCAACUAUAUUUUUAUAAUUAAAAGAACAUCAGCUA